GAAAACACACCGUGGACUGGUGAUGCGUUGUUGUCCCCCCCAAAACAUGACGUUGAAACUUGCCAUCAGACCUGGACAUUCACUUCCCUGAGUUCCCUGUCGCGUUCCCCGUGAGCCACCUGUGAGCGUGGGCUGUGCACAAGGCACCGCCAGACUCGGGAGUGGCUCGCCAGUGACCUGAGGGUGCGUCCUGACGCUGCGCGACUAUGGCUCUGCUGUGACUCCACGUUACUCGGGACUUUUAGCGAGUUUUCAGCGUUUAGGUAAAACAUGUCCAAGCGCGUCAGACCUGGCUAUUACCGCCAGGACGUCAACAAAACCUCAUGGGAAGUACCAGAACGGUACCGCGACCUGAGGCAGGUGGGUACCGGAGCCUACGGGACGGUUUGCUCUGCCGUCGACUCCAGAACCGGAACCAAAGUGGCAAUCAAGAAGCUGUACCGACCUUUCCAGAGCGAGCUCUUCGCUAAAAGGUCCUACAGAGAGCUGCGGCUUCUCAAACACAUGAAGCAUGAAAAUGUCAUCGGCCUGCUGGACGUCUUCACUGCCGACCUCUCACUGGACAGAUUCAAAGGCUUUUAUCUCGUGAUGCCGUUUAUGGGGACGGAUUUGGGGAAACUGAUGAAGAUACAGAGACUGUCUGAAGAGAGGAUCCAGUACUUGGUUUACCAGAUGCUAAAAGGACUCAAGUACAUUCAUUCUGCCGGCAUUAUUCACAGGGAUCUUAAACCAGGAAAUCUGGCCAUCAACCAAGACUGUGAACUCAAGAUUCUGGACUUUGGGCUGGCGCGGCAAGCUGACAGUGAGAUGACUGGAUACGUGGUGACUCGCUGGUACCGAGCUCCAGAGGUGAUCCUGAGCUGGAUGCACUAUAGUCAGACCGUGGACAUCUGGUCGGUGGGUUGCAUCAUGGCAGAGAUGCUUCAAGGGAAACCUCUUUUUAAAGGCACUGACCAUUUGGACCAGCUCACUGAGAUCAUGAAGGUCACAGGAACUCCAAGUCCAGAUUUUAUAACCAAGCUUCAAUCUGAUGAUGCCAAAACGUAUGUCAAAGGACUUCGAAAAGUGGAAAAGAAAGACCUUCACAAAUUGUUUUCAUCCACAAAUCCACAAGCCGUGUCUGUGCUGGAGCGCAUGCUGUUGCUGGAUCCGGACAGCAGGGUGACAGCAGCCGAAGCCCUCACGCUGCCGUACUUCUCCGAGUUCAGAGAUCCGGAGGAGGAGACGGAAGCGCAGCCGUACGAUCACUCACUGGAUAAUGCUGACCUGACCCUGGAGCAGUGGAAACGUCAUACCUUCACAGAGAUCCUAACCUUCAAGCCAGUCUCUCCGGAGUCGAAAGAGACGUCACUGUAGCGCAGAUCAGAAGAACAAAGAGGAGCUCACAGGUACGAUGGGAUGCGUGAGCUGCGUUUAAUCAGGAAAAGGAAGCCUUUUUCCCAACUUUAUUAAAGUGCCAUUUUGUGCCUGUUGAGUGUUUUUAAGGAAAUAGCCAAACACAAACCUUUAGGAAGUAGUUUAGAAGCAUUGGCACUGUGGUCACCAGCACUGGCCUUUUUGUAGCAGACUUCUUACUGGGCUCUUGUUAUCACUGAAGCACUUGGACAAUGAAACGUCCGUUGUAAACACUGAGAUCUGAGGUUUUGUGAUUGCAUAGAUUAAGAUUUUUGGACCACAAAGUUAUUGUUGGUAUUCUGGUCCGUAAUUCAACCCAUUCAGUUGUUGCAAUCGUCAUUUUUAUUGUCGAUUUCUAAUGCUUGGAUCAAGCAGCAAAGUUGUGUCCGAGUUCCCGAGUCAUGUUAUAAUUCACUAAAUCACAUCAAAGCAUUACAAACGGAUAUAUUAGUUUGUGUUAUGUUGAUUUCAUGAAACACUUCUAUUUGUGCAUUACUACGACGAUGAUUUUUUUAUAACAAACUUCAUACCAUUAAAAUGGUCUGUGGGAAUGCAA